AUGGAUGUCGAAAGACAGAAGUGCUUCGAAUGCCUCUUGAUCUGUUUAGCACGUGAGAGAGUAGGAGGUCCUUCUGCCCGCAGCCAGGAUUGGUGUCGCAUGCUUUCCCGUGCCAGAAGAACCCAUUCGUUUGAUGAAGAGGACGUGUGUCGGAUCAUCCGCCAGCACCUCCAGACCUUCUGCAAUCAUGCACUCGACCCAAGAAACGAGGUGGUUGCUUCGGCCCACCGUUUGAUUGCAGAAUAUGGUCGAGGUGGCAAGCCCGUGGCGCACAAGCUGAUUAUAGAAGCCACGCUCAGUCGGAUGCGGCACCUCGUGUCGUUAGACGGAAAGGAGGUAUGGGUGGCCUGGCAGCAGAUGCCGUACUCCAUGCGCCAGCUCGAAGCUGUCCUUCGGUCGCUGAGCAAGCCUCAGCGGCAGGAAUGGGUGUCCUUGUUGGUCAGAGGCCUGCAUCGAAUUGAAUGUCGUCUUGAAUCGGUCAAAUCGAAAUUCACAGCGGCUCGUGCAGCUGAAGCUGCGGAGUAUUUCAACGAAAGCCAAAAGCUGGUAAUGGAGGAUUUGAUGCUCCUUUGGUGUGUUGAUGAGGAUCCCUGCCAGACUUACGAAGACGUGACAGCACAGCUGAGUGCUGGCUGGCAUCCCAGACCUUCAAGGACGUGCGAACAACCUUGA